CGAUAUGUGGCGUCACUUUGCUCUCUUGCUCCUCGCUAUAGAAGGGUCGUUACAGCAAAAUAGCUCCAGAGAUAUAAUUGUCGCCAGAAAACUGCGCAAAUUUGUUGACAAGCUCAACGGGAUCAUCGAUGAUUUGGACCCAAAGGGGCAGAAUAAUGCGAAUAGGGUGGAUCUCUCAACAGGAUCAAGUUUUAUGCUGCAAGUAGACACAAAAUGCGGAAAACUGUCGAUUUCAAGGACUUUUGGUGACUGGCAAUUCGCUGUUGAUUUUUGCAAAGCACGAAAGAUGAAGUUGCUUUCGAUUGAGACUGAGGCGAAAUUUAAUUGCGUUUCCAAACUUUUGAAUUACAAGAAUGCAAUAGUCGGCGGUGCUCCCUAUUUCUGGAUCUCGUUGAACAAAGUGAAUAAAACUUGGGUGUGGGAUUCAACAGGGAAGAAUCUGACCUUCUCAAAAUGGGGUCAGGAUCAACCUGACAAUUUCAUGAAUUUGGAAAACUGCGCUUCCUUCGGAUUGAUCCCUUUCAUGCAAACGCUACCACCGCUGUGGAAUGAUGUUGGUUGCAUCGCACCUGCCUUUCCAAUUUGCGAGUAAACUGAAUUAGACCGAUUUGAAAAUGUAAUAGAU